UAUAAAAUGAACAAAAAAGGCGUAAUACUAUCCCUCCUUAGUUGCAUAAUAUUGACAGUUGCAGCAAGGCUUGAGCUGGUAGUUGAAAUGUGUCGUCAUGGAUCAAGAGUCCCUCAAAGAGACACCUUUGGUACUAAAUAUUCCAAUGGUAAAGGCAUGCUAACUCCUUCUGGCCUCAGGCAACAUUACCUUCUUGGAGUGGAGAUGAGGCGCAGAUAUAUGAAAGGGUAUCCCAAUGUGCACCAGCUGAUUGAUCCUUCUUUCGAGACAGGUGAGGUUUUCGCAAGAUCAACCCAGACCAGGAAGACUGUCCAAAGUGCUUCAGCACAGCUUUUAGGGUUAUACCCUCUUGGAAUAGGAGAGGACCUUCCUCCUCACCUGGCUGACGUUGCACUCCCACUGGUGAAAAUCCCUAACGUUGACCAAAUCAUCGAAGAUCUUGGUCCAGAUGCUAUCAAAAAGGGCAAACAGCCUGUAUCAGUUCGAAAUUUUGGGAGCGAACACGACAGGUUCCUUGGAUUUGGGGGCUGCCCAUACAUGUCAAAUGACUUUAUACGUAGAAGUAACGAUACAGAAGUUUGGCAAUAUAAUGAUGACAAGUUCAGACCCUUGAUCUUCAACCAGAUUGCUCAAGCAUUUGGACGCAACCCAGAUGAUCUCCACUUCAUGACCAUCCUCGAUUAUCUUGAAGCCCUCUAUACCGAAGAGUUUGAGGGUAUUCAGAACAGAUUUGAGUUUUCAGAUGGGGAAUGGGAGAUUGUCCGUUCAAUGCAAGUGGCAUACCUUUUGAAUAUCCUCAACCCUCUUUCCAGCGAAAUCUUGGCGUUAAGGCAUAUUGAUCCAAUCAGGGAGUUAAUGAGGGCUAAGAUGGGGAGAGACUUCAACGAAACCCUUGCAGGCGAAUUUGGAGAUGCUAAAUUUGUAUUGCUUUCAUCCCAUGCUUACCAGAUGGCUCAUAUAAUUCACCGAAUGGAACCUGAAAACCUUGAGCUGAACCACAUUGACUUCGCAUCAGUCCUGCUCUUCGAGCUGCAUAGAGUUGACUCUAGAGGAUGUGAAACUUCCACAUCAGAGAGUUGCUUCUUCAUAAGGGUGUUCUUCAACGAUCUUCAGCUAAAACUUCCUGGCUGCAGAGACAUAGACUGCACAUUCAGAGACUUUUCCAGACACAUUGAUGGAUUUGACAUCAAUGAAGAGAAAAUGCAUCAGAUAUGCUAUUCUGAGAAACCUCUGGAAGGUGUAAAUUUAGAUCAGUUCUAA